UCGAACAGUCAGCACGAUGAGAAGUGAAUCGUGCCGGUUUGUCUUUACAACGUUUAGCUAAAACCGAUUUAAAAACUUAACCUAACCGACUUUAGAACGCAUGAACGUUCCUUUUUUUUCUUUUGUAAUUUUUUACAAAGUUUUUUUUCUAAGAUAUUAUUUACAUAUAUGACCUUACUACGUAUGUUAUUGCGUCGUUGAGAAUAAACACAGAUUAUAAUAACUUUUUUUUUCAUGAAAAUGCAUUGUGAUGCACCGUGUACAAUUCGAAAUAAGCACAGAAAUACUUGGGGAAUGAAGACGUUAAAAAUGUGUUUUGGCAAGAGUCGUUUAAAACCACGUGAAACUAUUGAACAAGACUUGAGCAUGAUGGGAAUAGCCGUACCUAGAUUAAAUGUUCGUUCGCCAUCCAGAAAACGUUCCAUGCCAACUACCAACGGUACGCACGACCGCUUUUGCAGUUUGAAAGCUCACCAACAACGUUGCUCCAUGUCGGCCGUUUGUUACGAGGGUGGAGUCGGCGGUAGAUCCCGAGCUGGGCUUAGGCUCAGCCUGAACAGGAGUAUCAGUGAGCCGGGCCCAGCAACACCAAUUACUGUUUCUACACCAACAACCUCAAAACGAUUUCGAUUGGAAUCGAUACCUAGUCUACCCGUUAGUUUACCUGCUAGCCCCAAUUCUGACGGUACAAAUUUAAGCAGUGCUCUAAUACUCAACAAGGUAAAACGAAUGAGCAGUGAUUAUUUUAGACAAAAACUGGAACUUUUUGGUCCGGCGGUCUUGGCCAUUGACUGUCGGUCUUUCGUGUGCUACAACGUCAGCCAUGUCAGGGGUGCUGUGAACGUGAACGUUGCUGAUCGGAUUAACAGACGGAGAUUGCAAACAGGAAAAGCAACUUUGGUAGAGUUGGCGUCUUCCAGGGAUGCCAAAGACGCUCUAAGGAGGCGUGGGUACAGAGAAAUUGUGGUGUAUGAUGACUCGACUACAGACUUAGACAGAGUGCCCCAUAAUCAUCCUCUGAUGCUAAUCCUUGCUUCAUUAGUGGAUGAUGAAAGAGAACCGUCGUUUCUUAUCGGUGGCCACAAAGAAUUCCAUUCCCGGCAUAAGGACAUGUGCGAGAACUCCCUGUUGCCGGCGCCGCUGAGCGCCAGCUGUCCUCCAGAUGUGGACCGAGAGUCUAUGGAUACCCACCCUCUGACCAAGGUGCUGCCGUUCUUGUACCUGGGUAACAGCAAGGAUGCUGACGACCGGGAUGGUAUGACUGCCAUCGGGGUGACACGUGUGUUGAACGUGACUACAAGCCAACAGUCACCAUCCCCGACUAUGGACCACCGCGCUUCCGGCGUCGUGUAUAAGCGGCUUUCCGUCUUAGAUAACGGGCAUGCCAACCUUAAACAGUACUUCGAGGAAGCGUUCGAAUUCAUCGAAGGCGCUCGGAAGUCUGGCGGAAGUGUUCUGAUACACUGCCAGGCCGGCAUAUCCCGGUCGCCGACCAUAGCCAUCGCGUACGUGAUGCGCCACCGGAAUACGUCCAUGGUGGACGCAUACAAGAUGGUCAAAGCAGCCCGGCCGAUCAUAUCGCCGAACCUAAACUUUAUGGGCCAGCUGUUGGAGCUCGAGCAGAGCUUGCAGCAGUACGAACAGCAACACCAGCAGCAGCAACAGCAACAACAGCAACAGCAACAACAGCAACCGCGUUGCGGCCAGUCUUGGGUCACCGCCCAAUCCGCCGCAGACGAACUGUCGCCCGGAUGUAGUACAUAAAAAAAAAAGGCCGCCGCGCCCGACGACUGUACGCACGCACACACGUGCUCAAGUUUACGGGUUUUUGUGUGUACGUGUGUGCUUGCGCGCGUGCGCAGGACAGAGACAAGGUACCAUGUCCCCGCUUCGGGCAUGCUAAGAUAAUAUUAUAAUAUUGGUAUAUGUAUAAUAUAUAUAUACGUAUUAAGUAUCUGUAUAAUAUUUGUUUGUGUCAAUUGCGUUCGAGAUAUUCCAACCUAUAUAAUGUGUUCCUAAUAAUUAGUUUUUCCAUUCUCGCGCAAAUGUAUGUAAAAAAAAAAAAUAUCUAUAUAUAUUAAAUAAAUGAUUAAAACGAAAUGAUAGUAAUAAUAUAAAAGUACCUAUAUCUAUGUGUAUAUAUAAACUUGCGUACGUAUCCGUUUAAGAAUGUGAAAGUAUAUAUAUACAUAUAUGUUUGUAUAUUAUAACGUAUGUGCCUAUUAUUAUUAUUAAUAUCAUCAUCAUCAUCAUUAUUAUUAUUAUAUUGUUGUUUGUAAUGUUAUAAAUAAAAAAAUUAAAGAACUGUCUGCGUGAAUUCGCGGUAGGUACAUCAAAUAUUAUUAUCGUACGGCGAUUUCUUCGCAGCUACGCAUAGUAUAAUAUAUAUAUAUAUAAAUAUAUAUAAACUUUUAGACACGAUGUGAUGACACCACUGCAUCAUAUACUGGUGCAGAUUUGACACGAUUCGAAAAAACGAGCAUUAUCUAGUCUUGCAAACUUUGUACAUAAGAUAUAGUAUGAUAUAAUAUACGUAUUAUUACUCGCUGAGACUACUAUUUUUUUUUAAUUACACCAUUUUAAUUAUUAUUAUUAUUAUUAUAUAUAUAUAUAAUAUGUAUAUAUAUAUAUAUAUAUAUAUAUAUUAUGUAUGAAAUGUAAAAAGAAAAAUUGAUGUAAAAAUUAUGUUUUUUUUUUAACAAAAAUUAAAGGCUGUGUUUGUAGAUAUAAUCAUAGAAUAUUUAUAACUGAUGAUGAUCAUGUACCCCCCCACAUAUUUUUUAAAAUUGAGUCAAUAUGUAGCAAAAUGAUUUGUAUUUUAUAUUUGACCGUCUAAAUACAAAACGAAAUCGUUGAAAACAAAAAUA